UUGAAAAUUUCUGUAUAAAGCUCGCGAUUCCCCACUAGCGCGUCUGCUAAAUCUGGAAAACAACAUCUGGCGCCGCGGCUCAAUUUUCGCGUCUGUUUCUCUUUUGCUCCGGACGCGUUCGGUCUGUGUUUUUGUGCGCGUUUUGUGAUUUUUGGCAACAUGUACCAAAUGCACAGCAAAGUUGUCAUGAAUUCGGUUGAAGAAUUCCAGGAGACAUUCCAGCUUUUCGACAACAGAGGGGACGGCAAAAUCCAAGUCACGCAGAUUGGCGAUGCACUUAGAGCGUUGGGUCAAAAUCCCACAGAGUCGGACGUGAGGAAGUUCACCGCUCAACACAAACCAGAAGAUAGAAUUACCUUUGAAGUCUUCUUGCCAAUCUACCAAGCCAUUGUCAAGAACAAAAACACAGACACUGCUGACGAUUUCCUGGAGGGCCUUCGUCACUUCGACAAGGACGGCAACGGCUUUAUCUCGUCUGCGGAAUUGCGCCACCUCCUCACUGCCCUUGGUGAAAAGUUGACUGACGACGAGGUCGAGCAGCUCUUGGCAGGCCAAGAGGACUCGCAAGGUAACAUCAAUUACGAGGAAUUCGUCAACAUGGUCAUGCAGGGCUGAAGAGUGUACUUAACCAGCAAUAAACUUUAAGAUGAUCAAUUUACACUGAAAAUUGAACUGUCGCAGUAUUCACAAGACGUUUUGAAGAUUCCAAAAAUGAUUUUAACAAAUCUUCCACAAAUCUAGAUCUAGUUAUUAGAGACUUACGAUCCUCUGUCGAAACAAAUGUAUUUUUGCCUCAUUCCAUUGAACUAAUGCUUUUACAUGACUUAUAAUUUUCAGUAGCUUCAAGAAAGAAAAGUUUGUUUUGAUUUUAAUUAUUCCUUUUUAAUUAAGCAUGAGACCAAGAGUGUAAUCUACUUUGAUAAUAAUAUAUAUUAUUUCAUGUUGAAACUUCAA